AACCCAACCUACAAGAAAGACUCUUUCUUCUCUCUUUUAUUACUACCAGUACCACCACACCCUAUAUUUAUAUAUAUACAAAGAUAGAGAGAGAGUGAAAGGUUCACAAAACAGAGUUCAAAUACGUUCAAGAUGAUGAUGAUAUAAGAGUUUUUGUAAUCAAUUAACCCAUUUUUAUUGUUCAUUUUCUUCUCUCUCACUAAAAUGGCUGUCCAAGCUCAACAACACCAUUCCUCUAACCUUACCUGCCUUAACAAAAGAAACGGGAAAGACAAGGAACAAGAUUUCUCGUUGCAAUCACAGACUGUUUUUGAUCAAACCAAUUAUGGAGGUUGUAACCAGAGGAAAAGAGGGCGAGAAACGAAGGAUCAUCAUCAUCAUCAAGUGUUGUCGUUACCUCAGCAGUCUCAUCAUCAGCCCCCACAAGUUAUAGACUUGUCUUUAUUACAACACAACUUCAAUCAUACGCCGUCUUCGAAUAUGGUUCAUACAGGACUACGUUUAUCUUCCGGCGAAGAUCAUACACAAAAGAUUCGUCAGAAUCUGUUCUCAGGUUCCUUUGAAGAUGUUUUGUCUGCACAUUACAAUUGGCAGAGCGAGGAACUUGAUGAAUUGCUUCGUUUCCAGGCGGAGGAGCUACGGCGCACAUUAGCGGAGAGGAGGAAGAAACACUAUAAAGCGCUUAUCGGUGCUGUGGAGGAGACGUUGGUACGUAAGCUGAGAGAGAAAGAGGCAGAGAUAGAGAGAGCCACGCGCCGUCACAAUGAGCUCGUGGCGCGUGAAUCGCAGCUUAGAGCGGAGGCGGAAGCUUGGCAAGGAAGAGCAAAGGCGCAGGAAGCCGCCGCCGCGUCGCUGCAGGCUCAGCUUCACCAAGCCGUUAACAAAUGCGGUGGUGUGUCGGCGGAGGAAGGGGUAGUAUUAGGAGCUGGAAUCAGCGGAGUAGACGACGCUGAGUCGGCGUAUGUUGAUCCGGAGAGGAUGAAACGGCCGAGCUGCAAAGCUUGCCAGAAAAUGGAAGCGACGGUGGUGAUGUUGCCGUGUCGGCAUAUGAGCAUCUGCCCGGGAUGUGACCGGACAGCUUUAGCCUGCCCGUUGUGUCUCACGUUGCGGAAUUCGAGUGUUGAAGCGAUCCUUUGCUAAAUGGGCCUACUUCGGGCCUACUAGUUUGUCAUCGUACAUACAACUUUUUUUUAGGAAAAAAUGAAUGCAAAUUUUUUUCUUAUGAAUUGGAAAAACAUGUAGAACAUACAAAAUUGUUUCUUGAAGUUGAAGGUAUCGAACCCA